UUUGCCAAGACAGAGCUCUCCACCCGCAGAACGAAAACCGGAUGUUUGUGACUAGUGAAGCAAGCAGCUGUCACUGGCAUAYCUAACGUUAGUAGCCUAGCCAGCUAACAAUUUAGAAAGCCUUUCAAGCGGGGAUCAUUUUCACAGACUGUACGGAGGCUGGCUGAGCACCUGACCAGACUUUAUUCUGUGUGGAGUCCCAUAGUACACCACCAUGUCUUCAGACCUUCUGGUUGACCUCAAUGAUGACCUUGGAGUAGAUGAUCCCCCCAGCAAUGCGCUGAACCAGCUCAAAUUGUCUCCAAUGGGGGACAAGCUGUGGCCCCCAGAUGACUCCAGUAUGAGCAAGUCUGAGACGGACAUAUCCAAGCGAUUGGAGGAGGGGUCACACCUGACCUGGGACCACCCAUACUAUGAUAUUGCCAGGCAUCAGAUUGUAGAAGUAGCAGGUGACGAUAACUUUGGCAGGAAGGUGAUUGUCUUCAACGCCUGUCGAAUGCCCCCUCACCACGAACUGGACCACCACAAGCUACUGAUGUAUCUGAAGGCCACCCUAGACCAGUAUGUUGAGAGCGACUACACCCUCAUCUACUUCCAUAAUGGCCUCACCAGUGAGAACAAGCCAUCUCUCAGCUGGCUGAGAGACGCCUACAGAGAAUUUGACCGGAAGUACAAGAAGAACAUCAAGGCACUGUACAUUGUCCACCCCACCAUGUUCAUCAAGACUCUUCUCAUCCUCUUCAAGCCUCUCAUCAGCUUCAAGUUUGGACGAAAGAUCAACUACAUCAACUACCUGAGUGAACUGGAGGACAUUGUUAAGUGUGAGCAGCUAGUGAUACCCACCCGCGUGCGAGACUAUGAUGAAAAAAUCAGAGCCUCACUGAAAGCGUCAGUUCAGGCCCAGAUGUCCCCCCCCCGCAGUCCACCACUGCCCAAUCAACAGUUUGGAGUCCCCUUGCCAACGCUAAGAGCGAGAAGUUCUGACAAUGAAGCAGUUCCGUUAGUGAUGCGAGACACAGUGGCCUUCUUAAUGGAACAAGGUCUUGAAAUUGAGGGGAUAUUCCGGCGGUCAGCCAACGUGACCCUCGUUAAGGAUGUUCAGCACAGAUAUAACUCAGGUGAGGAGGUGAGUUUUUCCCAGAUGGAGGACGUUCACCUGGCAGCUGUCAUCCUCAAGACAUUCAUCAGAGAACUACCAGAACCCCUCCUCACCUACCAGCUCUACAACGACAUUGUCAACUUCCACAAUGUUGACAGCAGUUCCCAAGUGACUGCGAUCCGGAACAUGCUGGCAAUGCUCCCUGAGGAGAACUAUGCCUCCCUGAAGUUCCUCAUUGAGUUCCUGGUGCAGGUGUCUGCACAGAGUGAGAUCAACAAGAUGAACAACGCCAACCUGGCAGUGGUGUUCGGACCCAACUUGCUAUGGGGACAAGACGCUGCCAUGACACUCAGUGCCAUCGGCCCCAUCAAUAACUUCACCAGAACUCUGUUGGACCAACACUACAAGGUCUUUUCCCCCUAAGACGUCUCCUGUACAGCUAUCUCUAACCAUGCCCCAUUCAUUCGGUGUUUAAAUCCCCAUCUCUGACCCUGUAUCUGUAUUGGUCUAGUACAGUGUAACUGUGUCUCUCCCAGUGCCCCUAGUAGUGUUGCCAAAUGCAUGAGUGUAUUGUGACUGAGGACACAGAGAGAGAAAAAAGACAGGGGAGACGAACCGUUGAAGAUGCCAAAAAUAGGCCAAAAGUCAGGUUAGAAGUCAGGUAUGAAGAAGGCUUUAAUGUCUCCGCCAGAUAUCUAUCACUCAGGAAAAGUUCAACACAGUGUACAAGAUUUGGUACUUUAAAACAAUUGGAAUAACCGAAACCAGUUCACAUCUGUUCUGGUUUGAAUCAUAUCAAAUAUUUAUUUUGAUGGUACAGAUUUCCGAGAACAUUUAUGCAAUGUUUUGUAUCUGGGGAGCAAGAUAUAUUUCAUAGUAAUUUACUUGGUAUGUCUAGUCCUAUUUGCGUUGGAACAAAUCAUUUUAGAAUUUCAUAAAUGAUCGGUUGCUACAGUCAAUGUGCCAGUGUAAUCCAGUAUUCGAUGUAGUCUAAAUUCUAUCUGGAGUUUAUAUUUUGGCACAUCUCAGUUAAGUAUCAUGGUUAUGUGUAAAGCUACAGUCUAUAGCGAAAUAAAACCAUAAAACCAUUUUUUUUUUUUUUUUUUUUAAUGUUUGUCACAUAUCGCCUUACUUUUUAAAUGUUUACUCAUCUGAAAAAACAUACUGGUAUACCCUUUUAAAUAUAUCCAGCAAGCCUUCGUUUGUUUCUUUCUGCUGCAUUACAUUUGCCAAGUCUUCAUUUUUGAUCAUUUGUACAGGUCAACUAUAAAAAUAAACUAUUAGUCUUAAUCAUGUAACUUAUACAUUUCAUGUUAUGCCUGAUUAGCUUUCUCAAUGCAGGACAGUGUUCAUGAUACAUAUUCUACUUUUGUGUGCAUUAUUACUCUACCUAUGGCAGUUAGCAGUUAUUCCUUGAAAAUCACUAUCCAGAUGUAAAGGCUUUGAUGGCUAGUGUCAUUGCUGGCGAAAGAUCUUUAUGAAGCCUUAAAGUCCGUAGGGGGAAUAGAAGGGCUCCUAAUCAUGGAUAGACUGAAAUGCUGUGUACUUACAGACCCAUUGGGCUCUCAGGCCAUACUGUAUUUACGUUUUUUUUUUGUAUGUUAACUGUUAGAUGAGUUGUUUCUGAGCCUUAUUUUGUCAAUUUCGACGUCCGUUGCUUUUGUUCAAUUCCAAAUUCAACCAAAGAAUUAUGGUUGCGUUGGAGAACACUAAGAGGGUUCCAUUCAAUAAUUUUUUUAACCUUAAAACAUAAUUUUUUUUCUAUUUGCAGUGGCCAAACUUUUGGGGGUACAACUCCUGUGCUUUGUAAUCCUGAAUGACUUUGUAAUGAACAUAUCCUGAACAAGAACAGUGCUAAUGUUAAGACUGAAUAAGUAAGAGUUCUGUUGUGCUUCUAUGUUUUGUCUAUUAUGAAAACUUCCUAAUCAUGUCAAUGAAACAAAUGCAUUGACAUGCGGAUCAGUGGCUUAGUAGAACCUUUGACCCCAUUUGCGUCUGUGUGCCUUAAUUAAGGAAACAGGCGAGUAACUACCACUUGUCAUAUCUCGUGAAAAUUGUGCCCGUUUGUCCACCUUUAUUGUACUGUUUAUCUGUAUUGUCAAAUAAUAGUAUUUCCUGYUUGCUACAGCGAAAAUUAAAUUUCUCUUUAAAGAGUGUUUUCCUCAGUUCUAGGUAUCUUACUUUCAAGAUCUUUUUUAUGUUGUGAAUAUAAAGUAUAAAUAAAAGGUGAUGGUUAAAA